ACAAUUAUUUUUUUGUUGAAAAAAUUAUUUUCAAAAAAAUAAAUAAAUAAAUAAUAUUUUCAUUCAAUGCAAACACCGAUAACUUCCUCGAAGUCUAUCAACAAAAACAAAGAUAUCAACCAUUGAUUGUCAUCUCAUUUGUUAUUACAAGUCAUCUCAUCAUUGGUUUCAUAGGUUUUCGCGGCAGACAAUCAAUCAAUCAAUUGUGGUCUCAAUUACCGAAAUCUGCGGUUUCUUAAAGUUGUGAUCAAUUGGUUGUAUGAAAUGAAUGUCAAAUCAUUGCCGACGACAACAACAACAACGACUAGUCAUGUCUUAAACGAUGACAUAUUGUGUUUGAUUUUUUCGGAAUUCAAGACAUUAGAAGAUAUUAUACGACUCGAGUCGGUGUCCAAACAGUUCGGCCGAUGUGUCGGACAAUUGUUGGCCAACGGAUGCAAACGUAUCGGCGAUAUGUCGGCCAAACCCGACAUACGACUGGCCAUUGGUUGUAGAGAUAGCAAUGGUGUUGACUAUCAGUGCAGUUCAUGUAAUCACUGGGGAUGUGAUGGUAUCGCACAUCCAUUUCAACAGAGAGUAUAUACACUAAAUAUCGGCGAUAAAUGUUUUCGUGAGACCACUAGUGAUGACCACAACAUUGUGUCACUGAUUAAUGUCGACAAUCAUCGACUGUUGUCGUCAAUAGUUGUAAAGCUAACCGAAACCUAUUGUCUACCGAUUCGGUCGCUGGCAUUGAACGGAUGUCUAAUAGGCUUUCAAACUAUUGUAUUGUUGGUCAAGUGUUGGCCACAACUUCACUGUCUUGUACUCAACGAAACUAUUAUAACAAACGAUUUAUUAAACAUAAAGUCAUCAUCAGAUAUUUGGUGGACAACGUUAAGACAUUUAUUGAUAAAACGGUUAACCAUUUAUGAACAAAACGGACUGAAUAUCUAUGAGUCUACCGGUGCCGAUCUAACCAAACUGAUUGUACACUUUUCACUGUUGGACACACUAACUAUCUCUGAUCACCAGUGGUUGGAUAUGACUCGUAUGAUUGAAUCACUUCCAGCUCUUCAGGGCAUUCAAUGCUUAAACCUGCAGCACAUGUCUAGUGUUUCUGUUGCCGAUCCAUCAGUUACAGUACCGGUAGUCAUACAUACUGACGGUAACACUAGUUUAAAUGAGUUGAGAAUCGGUGGACUCUUUUGGGAAGACUUUACACAUUUGAUUCAAUUUUUACACAUUUAUAGCCACCGAUUGAAACACUUUGCUUACCAUCUGUUACGUCACUGGGAUCUGAGUUUUGUAUUACAGUUAUUUCGUUCAAUUGUCGAGGAAAGCCUACUGAAAGGUGUGACCAAAUUGUCGAUCAAACACACUGUUCGACAGCCAUUCAUAUACGAAGCGUUCAAAUACUCUAAUCAAUUGACACCUAUUGAUAAUAACUAUCUAUUGAAUCAACUAACGGUUCUCUACUUGGAUAACUGUCUACUAUAUACAAGUCAUUUGAGAUAUCUGUGCGCACAGUUAGCUAACAUUAGACGACUGGCACUAAUCAAUGUCCGACUAGACUAUUGCCAGUCGUCGAGUAGUGAACAGGAAACGGGACACAAACCCAAUGAACAUAACUGUUCAAAAUGUGUCGAAACAAACUAUCAAUUGUUAUCUCAAUUGAAAACAUUGGAAGUGUUUGUUGUCAGCGAUCACUGUCUGAGCGAACCUUUAAUUGCAAACAUGAAAUACUUGACACAAAUCAAACAUUUGGUGAUUCAUACAACUAAUCCACUGUACGAUCAUCACAAAUACCUGUGCCGUGUGUUAUGUGAUGUUAGCCGCGAAUUAGGGGCCAACUGUGCCAAACGUAAUGACUAUAUCAACGUUUAUGUCAACGAUAGUAUUCACCGACUUAUGAAUGAGUUUUUGUCCGACAAUAAUAUGGCUAUUGUUUUGCAUAAAAAUCUCAAAUUACAUGUCAUUAACUUUGAUGUUUGCAAUUUGUUUUAAAUAUUUAAAUUACAGUAUUUUAAGUGAUUUCAAUGGUGACAUCAUUAACAUAAAUAUACCGGUAAUUACCGUUAGUGAGUAUAAACAAGACCACUGGCGCUAAAUCCGAUGGAUG